UUCUGCUCUCUCUGUGGUGUUUUUCGUUUCUGUGUUUUCGGGGACGGGGCUUUUGGUGUGUGUUGUUUUGCCCCCGGCGCGCGCAUCGGAGUGUCUCCCGGACGGCAAGAUGUCCAGCCAUGUCCCGGCGGAUAUGAUAAAUUUGCGCCUCAUCUUGGUAAGCGGCAAAACAAAAGAGUUCCUGUUUUCCCCCAAUGAUUCUGCCUCUGACAUUGCGAAACACGUGUAUGACAACUGGCCGAUGGACUGGGAAGAAGAACAGGUCAGCAGUCCACAUAUUCUACGGCUUAUUUAUCAAGGGAGAUUUCUACAUGGAAAUGUCACAUUAGGAGCAUUAAAACUUCCUUUUGGCAAAACAACAGUGAUGCAUUUGGUGGCCAGAGAGACAUUGCCAGAGCCCAACUCCCAAGGCCAGAGGAAUCGUGAAAAGACUGGAGAAAGUAAUUGUUGUGUGAUCCUGUAAAUGCAGUCUGCUAAGUGUGAUGUGUGACACGGUCUGUCUUUCAUGCUGCUGGACAGAAGAGACCCAACAUUACUUGAGAACCCCUUAAGGACAGACUGCCUGUAAAUCCAUGGAACUGAUUGUCACAUGAGCAGUGUCAUUUUUUUCUCUUGAAAGUAAAAAAAAAACCAAGAACAUUUUUCACUGUGGUUUUUAUUUCUUGUAUUUUUAUGUUGAGCAGUUCUUAAACAUUGGUGUUUGAAUGCAGCCGAUUUCCAGGGGAAAAGGUAGCAUGUUGUCUUUCAUAGCAGAAACCCUUUUGCUGCCACAAAAAUUUUCAUCACCAGAACUAACAAAUCAAGUGUUCCAAAUACAGUUUGCACUAAAAAAAGGAUUGACAUUAUUUUCCUCAUCAGCAGAAUUGAUAGCAGUCUAUGGUACCUAGAAAUACUCGUGUAUACAAUUCCACACUGGAAGACACUCAGCAGUUAAUGGAGUUAAUUACUGGGCCAACUUGAGAGGAAAAAUGGCAAAGAAACUAAAAUGUUGGGCAAAUGCUACUGAAGUCAGCCGCGGUGGCUGCACUGGCACAGAAUACGAAACUGAGUGUGAUGAUUUUCACUGCAACAAAUGAAAAAACAAAACGUGCCUGUUGUCUAAAGCACUCAGUCGAGGGCUGCUGAAGCUGAUACUUUUCCCUUAUGACAUGCACUCGAGCCCUCCGGUAGCUGAGUGCUUGUUCCGAGCCCAGGAAGGGUGAGAGUGUGUCUCCUAGCCUUAAUGUGGGAGGGGGAUCCGGUCGCUCAUAGGCUUGCAUCAUGUGCAGAAAUCGUAGAAAACCUCAUUGGUCGAUUUUAUGUAUUUGAAUAUCAGCAAAUGGAAGUUUCCAAAUUUUUGCUCAUCUGUAGCCAUGUCCAGCGUCAUGCUUAUUCCUUAGAUUUCAGAUGAAUUCUGACAAUUAAAAAAAUCUCCAUAGUACUAAUUUUGUUUCUUUAGGUAGUUUGCAUUUGGUAUUAGUGCUUGCAAUCGUAUUAAAAUUAAAAGCUGAUUUUUACAGCAUAUGUGAUUAAGGAUGCCAUUUUUUUCUCUUAUUUCGUAUCAAUAAUUUAAAGAUUGAAAUGCUAAAAACAAUUUGCACAGCACUAAAGCAUGAGCUGAUUUCAUCUAAACCUGUAAAAAUAUGAAAGAUUUUAUAUUUUUUCACUGGGAAGACAUUCUUCCUGGAUGAAAUUACAAAUACGUGUAGAAUAUAUUUAAUAAAAGACUUAUAAAAUAACUAUAGAACUUAAAUAUAGAUUGGCGUGUAGCAUAUAGAACAAUAUUCCAUAUAAAUAACUUUAACCUUUAUAAAAAUGAAAUUGCAGGCUGACAGUAUGUUCUGUUCCUAUAAGCAUCCACAGCCCUUACAGACAUUACAUGUAAAUGGUUUCGAACAGUCAGCAUUGUUUAAAUGUAACCAGAUUAUUUUAUUCAUUGUUAAUGCUUUGAUGAAAAGGCUUUAUAUGCAGUAGGUCUACAAAAAUAUUGUUCAUACUGAUCAGAAUUAAAUUUGUAUAGAGCAGAGUUUUGAAAUGAAUGUAAAUAACACUAAACAUUUUCCUUCUGCAACCUGUACUUAUAGCUUCUUAAUGUAAAUGAAAUUAAAAAACAUCACAGUGCAUUUUGGUGGUAAUUUUAAAGGUCUCGAUUAGGUCGAUAAUUGUUUAAGCACUAUCUCAUCCAAGUUAAAAUUGUUUUCUACUUUUCUUUCUGAAGCUUUUGAAACUCAGUUAAUAUUCUGUUGUUGGUUUGAGAAGCAGUCCCAAUGUAUCUUUGAUAUUAAACCUGGUUAAUUUGUGCACAGUCACAAUGGAGAGAAUUGUGUAGUCUGUUAUCACUAAAAUGUUACAUUCAAGAGAUGUUAAAUAUUUAUAUGCUUUGUUGGUGAGGGCAAAUGUGAAUUCUGGUAGUGUUGACUAAAAAGAAUCUGGUAGUUACUUAAUUGAGCAGUUAAACCGCUUAUGGCUCUGUUCUUUUGUAAAACAAACUACUGGUAAUUCUUUUUAAUACCUAGUUUAAUUCUAAUUACUCUUUGUUUUUCCAAAGUUAAGGACUAUCAGUUAAUUAAGAUUGAAUUUUUAGGAUGGUUAAAAAUAAUUCUCUGUUGGUUUUCAAGAAGUUUUUCUGUGCUUUCACAUCAUGUAUUUUCCUCAAUUUAGAGUUUGCUAAAGGGGACGAACUGGUUCGGUGGUAGAGAAAGACUUAUGUCGCUUAAUACCUAAUAUAGUACCUAAUAUAGUUGUACAAAAUGGAAAAAGAAUUAAAAAUAGCAGUAAAAUUAUAUACUGAAAACACCAAAAAUUUAGAUGCCUUAAUAGUGUAUACAUGAAAAUACUCAAUUAUCCCUUUGAAAAUACUCCCGUGGACUGCCUGACAGUUAAAAUAUGAUUAAUCAAAAAUAAAAUAAUAGAAUAAAAUAAAAUAUGAUUAGUCUCAUCCAAGGUUACGUGUGAAGACCCCUCUGCCAGAGUGGCAGCUCACUUAGCCAAUGAGCUGCAGAGAUCCGGUCAUGUCAAUAAAGGUGAAUGAUGGGCUGUGUCCCUGGGCCACACUUGGUCUGCACUCAUCUCUAUCCAAGCUGGCCUAGACCUUGGCAGGCAUUCGGGACAAGGCGAAGCGCUUCUUUCUGAUUAAGACCUCAGCAUGUCUCCCUGAUCUGAACUCUGCUUUCUCAAGAUAAGUUGUAUCUUACCCUGAAAACUCUAGUAUCUAACGUGAUCAUUUGCAUUAAAUGAGGUUUUCUCAUAACAAACAUUUAUCCUUAGUUUUAUCAUCUUGACCAAUGUUACAGUAACUUCUGUUAGCUGAUUGUGGUAAACUAUGUUUCAUGUGAAAAGAAAUUAAAACUUUCUUCAUCUGUUGUA